AUUUCUAGCUACAGUUCUGUUUCAGCUCUGUGGAGGAAUAGCUGUGCAAGCUGACUGUUUUCGAGUUGAAGUGUGAAAAAUGAAUUUCAUGAUGAUAUUUGCCACGUUGGCAUCGUUGCUGGGAGCCAACAGCGGUCAGGAUAUGAGUUUUGAGCAGUUGCAAGUGCAGGAACGCCUUAAGGUACAGCUGGAACAAAAACUAGUUUAUAUUGAAUUGAAACUGUCGGAGGAUCUGUAUAAAGAUGGGAUUAUUAAUUUUUUAAGGAAAGCGAACGUGUUGCUACAAAAUAGAGAGUGCACAAACAGCUGCCCUCAAUCUGAUGUGGAUCUACAACAGACUUUAACACACUUACAGAGUACUGCCGACAUUCUUAAGAUAAUGGUUAAUAAUUAUGAUCAAAACGGGAACUCUUUUGAAAACCAGCUGACAUUGUGUCGAGCUCAACUGGCGAAGCAAACUGUAAAUCAAAUUUCGACCACUACUCCAAGAAUUGAGGAACCGAAAGCCAACAGCUGUAUUCCUUUUGGCUUUCAUACAGGCAUUAAAACCCUUCACUUGGUCGGUGUAAGUCCUUUUCGCGUUCUCUGCGAUGGUAAAACAGCUGGUCCCGGCUGGACUGUAAUUCAAAGUAGAUACGAUGGCUCUGUCGACUUUUAUAGAAAUUGGGCUGAAUACCGAACAGGUUUUGGCAGCCUGGAUACAGAGUUUUUUAUCGGACUGGAAAAUAUUUAUCACAUGACCACUUUCCAACGCCAUGAACUAUAUAUAAUUACACAUAGUUUCCACAAUGAGGUUGUCUGGGCUCGGUAUGAUAAUUUUUAUAUUGGUAGCGAAACGGAAAAUUACAAGCUCAAAAGUCUUGGUAACAUUACUGGUACUGGCGAAGAACUGUAUAAUAAUACUAAUAACGAAUUCUCGACCUACGACCGGGAGAAUAGUAAUAAAAAUUUGUCAAAAAAUUAUCAUGGUGGCUACUGGUAUUAUGAAGGCCCAAUAAUUGGAAAUAAUCUAAAUGGACGAUAUUAUCAUAAAGCCGACAUUAAGCCGCUAGACGGCAUACAUUUUCGUGGGCCGUACUCUAACAAAGCAGUUAAAAUGCUUAUUCGCCCCAAGAACGUAUAAGAAUAUACAAAUUUGAAGAAUUUUUGAUCAUUUGUAUUGCAUAUUUGUAUAAUAAAAAGAUAUUAUUAAAUUA